UUAAACACAGACACUCACAGAUUCUGGCCUGAAGUCAAUGCUUAAAGCUCAUACAGUAAACAUCAAUGAGGAUCUCUCUCUCUCACUCGCUCAUACACAUACACUCGGACAGGGGAGCUAACAGAUGAAAGGAGAUUGAGUCUGGGAAGACAAGCACACAGCAAUGGAUGUUCAAAACCGGAUAACCUGUCAGCUACAAGCGUUGACUGUCAUAAUGAUUCUCGUCACAGUUACAAAAGGUCAGGCCACGGAGCUGAAGGUAUCGAUUGAUCACACCGUCUACUCGUGUCCAGAAGGACUGAAUGUCACCUUUAAGUGCAGCCUGUCUGGACACCUCAUGUACAGGCACGACCACUUAGCCAAGUUAUGGUACUUCAGCCGCAGCAAGAAUGACACAUGUGCGGAGAAGACCCACAUCCGUAACGCUUCAUUCAAAAGGGACAGCCACAAUCAGUACAAAGACCAUGGGGUCUACAUGAACUCCGAUCACAAGGGGACCUUCUGGGUCACCCUCACCAACUUGGUACAUGAUGACCAGGGAAUAUACUGCUGCGUCGUGCACGAGCUGCACAGACAGCCGGAAAGCAAGCAGCACGCAAGGAUCGCACUCACUGUACAUGGGACCAUGGAGCUCAAGAUUGUGCGUGCAAACGGCAGUCAGGCCUCUAACCGAAAGUGUGCUGUUCAAGAUGUGAAAGGAGUAUCAGACUCAGAAGCCUCCACAGCUAUCGCGUUGGCCACCAUGGGAUGUGUGAUCACCAUCUUGUCGCUCCCUUUGAUUCUACUGCUCAUAUACAAACAGAGGCAGGAGACGGGUGCCAGAAGUAAGAUCGCAUGAGCUUGUCCGAAUGGACAGCGAGGUGAUAGGAGUAGAGAAUCCAGUAUUUGAGGACAUCUCGACGCACAAUUCAGAAGUGAAACCUCGAGCGCUACCCAUCAGUGGGCGAAUUCUGUCCGAAUCCGAUCGGCACCUGCUCUCCGAGCCCAACACCCCAGCAUCCCCCGU